AUGAACACGGUUUUGAUUAGUAAAUGGAAGUGGAGGAUUCUAACGGACAAGGAGGCGGUGUGGAGAGAGAUUCUUGAAGCUAGAUAUGGAAAUUUAAAAUUGAAGGUUUUAAUUAGGGAUAUUUCCGUAGUGGAGAAGAGUGAUUCUAUUUGGUGGAGAGAUCUCGUCUUAUCGGACAAUUAUGCGAAUUUACAUGAAGAUCAUUUUUCCGGUGCUGUUGCGUAUACUUUUGUAGAGAGCUGCUGGAGGUGGAAUGCGGAGGCGAUUUUCUCAGCUGGUUGUGAUUGGACAGCAGAGGGUUUUCUUCCUGCUGUGAGCGCGGGAACUGGUGGGCAGCAGCAGGUCAUGCUUGCGACUCUGCAGGAAAAAAUGAUGGCAAUUCUGCAGCAGCAUAGCCCUCGGGAGGUAGGUGAUGACGACGAGUUCACAUGGCGGCUUAAUAAUGAAGGAGUGUUUUCGGUUAAAUCUUGUUAUGUGUGUUUCAAAGAAAAACUCUCGGGGCCAGCAGUAAAUCAAAAUACGGUAAAGGCUUUAACUCAUCUUUGGAAGAUUAAAGUUCCUUCGAAAAUUCUGUUUUUUGGUUGGCGUUUUAUCCAUAAUAGAAUAGCUGCUAAAGAUCAAUUGAUUAAGAGGGGAAUUUUGGUGGAGGGAAAUGAUUCGUUGUGUGUUUUUUGUCACAUGGAAGAAGAAUCUCUUAUGCACUUGUUUUGGAGUUGUGAGGUUUCUUUGCGUAUAUGGCGGAGGGUGUACGAGUGGUUUGGAGCCUACACAAAUAUUACUUUAAAGGAAUUUCUGAAUUUUUUCCAUCACUGCGAAAAGUUGGCUAACAAGACAAAGAGGACUAUUGGAGCGAGGCUUGUAAGAGUGUAUGGUGUUGUGAUUGGUUGUGACAAUUCUAGUGUAAAAGAAGAAGGUUUUUCUCUCCAAGUUGACCUUGGUAGUACUGUAUGGAAGUCUGCAUAUAUGGUAGGAUUUCUUUUGAUCUUCAAACAAACACUCAAGAUACGAGCGAAAUUGUGUGGAAAUUGCCGCAGAUAG